UGUUGUGGCUCCUCGGGGUUAUGUUUCCAAAUUCACACGGGGACGUACUUCUCCCUGGUCUCAUCUACAUUGUGGAGAAGAUGGUAGAUGAACCUUUACCCGAGGAGCCAAAAUACAGCUUCGGUUCUGCCAUUCUAUCUCAUACAUAUAGAGGCUUGUGUGAUGCCACACAAAAAACUUCCUUCGCAAAAAAGCUCCGUUACUUUGUGUCCCCUACGAGUUUCUACAGUUGUGGUCCUGGGAAUACCUCCCUGUAGGACGACCUCGUAUAAUAAAUCCCAUACACCCAUACGACUAUAGCGAGGGCAGCUGUGUAACUAUGGCCAGCAGGUGGACAAAGGCAUGGAAACAUUGGUCUCCAAGUAUUGCAAAAAAUUGUUACCCUAUAUACCACCAGCAGUUUGAGGCACUUGAUGAGUAUGUAGUCACAUGGAACCCAUGGACUCAGGAGCAUGUACAGAUGGUCUUUGAUAUACGACCCAUCACAGCAGGCAUGUUGACCGAUAGUGCAUUCUGGCUGACUCGCUGCUACUUAUUGUUCCUGUGGUGUGUUGAGCCUUACAACCCAGAGCAUGUCAUGAGACAGUUCGGUCUGUAUCAGGAGAUUCCACCACCUUUUCCAAGAUGUACGGACGAGGAAACUCAUAAGCUAACCAAUAUGGGCCACGGUUGGAGUCUUUACGAUUGGAGGGAACGCAACAUUCAAUGGGUACAGAAGUGGAAAAAUGAAGCGCUAGCAGAUAUAGUGUAUCAACUUAGACCGUACGAUGGAAGUACAGCUCAAGCGUACAAGCAGUGGUACUGCAUCAGCACGCGUACAAGCCUGGCCGGUCAACCAACUACGAUACCAACAAAUCUCACGCACGAGGAGCAGAUGCAGAGACCUGUUGAGCUGCAUGCAGCUUACUAUCAUGACCGGAUGCUUCAAACUGCCAACGACAUAGGGCAGAUGGCGAUGGAAAGCAUGCCGCCCAGGGGACAAGCUGUCAAGUCAUUCAAUAAACGUUUUAGAGAAUACGUGCUAACAAAGUUGAGAUGUGGUAGAGGCGACGACGUUGUCACUGGAGUGUACAACAUGCCAGGCAUACCUGAUGUAAAUCGGAACGAUGAGUACACCCAACCUGGCGACAAUGUUAACGCAGUAGAUACAGAUUUCUUCAGAGAGGAUGUUAUUGGCCCAUCUUUUAUCCCCGAGGAGUCACAACAACCAUACGCCUACAAUUACGCAUCAGGUUCGCAACAAGGAUUACAGACUCCACCACCUAUGCAGGAGUCGCAGACACAGGAAGACCAACUGGACUCCGGUAGAAGCGGAGGCUUAGGGAUCUUUUGGAAUGAGGAAAUAAAGCUUGAAGUUAUUGGUUACUCUGAGUACCAUAUAGACGUGACUAUUGAUGAGCUUGUUGAUACUAAGGUAAGGGUCACUUUUGUGUAUGGAGAAGCACAAGCAAAUGAACGCCACAAGACGUGGGAUAUGAUGAGAGGGAUAGUUGGUUCAAGCAAUCUGCCGUGGGUCGUCAUGGGAGAUUUUAAUGAGGUAUUAUGUGCUCAUGAACAUGAUGGUGUGGGGAACCGUAGCCAAGCACAAAUGGACACAUUCAGGGAUGCGCUGGACACGUGUGGUUUGACGGAUAUUGGUUUCAUUGGAAGAAAUUGGACUUUUGAGAAAAAGGUUACAUGA